AUGAGCUCAAACCCUCCAGCAAGUUCCGGCCCGGGAGCACGUCCUGGGCCUCGUCCUCCUGGACCAGCAGCCGAUAGGAAGGGAUCCGUUAAAAGAGCAAGGGAGCAAUUGGAAGCUGGCCUGCAAUUCCAAGACCAAAUCCACCUCCACCACGGAACUCUUCUCACCAUACGCAAUGGCCUCUUCCUGCCUCAGGGCUCCAACCACGCCCGCUCAAUCCGCACCCGCACCAGCACCCCAGAUAUCUCGGUCCCCGGGGCCCUCCCCCGCAAAGACCGCCGCCUUCCACUUCGUCUUCUGUUCCAACUGUUCCGCCAAUCCCAUUGCCAGAGCCGCCUCUGCCUUUGGGUCACCCUCAACCACACCGGACCGCAGGGCUUGCUGCCCCAAGUGCUCAGAAGACCCGUGCCCGGAGGUCCUCUGUCUCACCCAUUCCAGAGGAACUCCCUAAUCCCCGCCAAACCCUUGGUUCUCUUGCCUCUAGCCGUGCCAUUCCCCUCGAGCUGGGGCUCUGGACCAGCUGAAUCGGAAAUCCUCGGGGCUUACCUUGAUACGGAAUCUGAAGAUGAAGAGCACUCCCAAGACACUGUCCGAGAAGACAAAGCCGCUCUUGUGAGAAAUGCCAGCGUUGGCAAGCGGGGAAAGCCAACAAUGCGUACGAUCAUGAAGUCCAACCCCAACUCUGAAGUGAUGGUCCCGGGCGUUCCCUCGACCCAGCACAAGGGCGAUUCGCAGAGUGACGUCUCAGAUAGUGCCGUGAUCACAGUAGCCGCCAUCGGCAAAGCUAUGCGCCAGCCGACCCCAGUCCGACGAGCAUCCGCCUCGACCGUGUCAGGUGAAUCGUACAUCGAUCCUGAAAAGCCGCGCUUUGCGCAUCCUGUCCCAGACCACAUGGACUUGUAUCGAGAUACAAGUCUGGAAAAGGAAGUGGAGGCUCUCCCUUCUGCCGCACCUACCAUGAGUGACAAGCGACCUGGUGGUCGUAAACCACCUCGUCUGGAUAUCGGCGCCGUACGAAAUGCCGAGGCACGCGGUAGUCUCUCCAGCUUGUCUGACCUUAUUCGGCGGGCGACUAAACUCGCCUCUAACCUGGACCACGGAAGGACAGCGAGUCGGAACGAUGUGUUGAACGCAGACGCAGAACCGAAACCUCCAUUUGGACGACGCCGCAACUCCGGCUCUAUUUCUGAUAUUCUACACAUGUUCCCUAACCCGGCCCUGGAUACCCCCGACAAGCCCCGUGGCUCCUGGCCCGUGUUCUUCGGCCGAUCCGGUCUACGCAACGGCGAAGCCCUCGGCUCAAACGCGGAUGAACCUGCCCCCCCAAAAGCCCGCACGCCGUUGCUGUGGCAUGGCGCGAAAAUGGUUCAUUAUUCUCUCUGUAUCAGUUCAAACGUGGAUAAUGGGACCAUCAGCAAGAAUGCCACGAUGGGUAGCUCUCUGCCAACUAUCUUUAACCAGUCAAAGACGAAAUUCGAUAUCACCCUCGACCCUGUGACGAUCAUGGCGUUGUUCAGCAUGAACAACAUCUCCUGUAAGACGGAGAAUGCGCUCAUUUCUUUCAGCGACGUCGACCGUAGCAGCAGCAGCAGCAGCAGCGAGAACAGCCGGCGCUCCAUUGACCUGGAUCUAGACCUAGACCUUGACAAUCUGGAGGACUCCACGCAACCCACCCCCACACUCCUGGCCGCCCGCUCAGAGCAAACAAUCAACGGAAUCCUCGUCGACGGCUCCGGCAACCACAGUGGGUCCAAGGAAACCAAAACCACGUCGAUCGCAGCGAACCCAGCGACGGCGACCGCCACGUCGACCGGCAGCUCCAAGGCCAAGUCGACCGGGGUACCGGAGUCGGUGAUUGAGUUCUCGCAGGUGGCUGUGCUCUUCAUUAUGCAGGAUACGGGGUCCCUUGAUUCGGCGCUUUCUUCUGAGAAGCAGAUUGCGUCGUAUUUGAGUGAUUCGUAUGCGACGGCCAGUAUGCCUUCAUUGGAAUUGAUGGGGGCUUUCUCGCUGGACUUUGCGAAUAAGACGAUUACGCGGGAGGGGACUGGCUUGACGGUGCAUUGA